GAGGAGCAGCAGGAGACGGAGCAGCCUCCUCUCCUCUCCCUUGACAAACUGUCAUCCCCCCUCUCUCGAACUCCUCGGAAACAACUCUCAACCUCCAGGAUUCUUCUUCGGCGUUUAUCCUCGUCCUUUUUUCAGUUGCACCUAAUUCUUCUUUUUCAUUAUUUUUUUUAACUUUGUCUUACCCCUCUGCACGCUGAACACCCCCCCCCUCCAUUGAUGUGAAUAGAUAAUGAGGACCCCCUACCAGCGGUGACUUGUCGUCUCCUUCAAAAAGCGAGCAUCCUCAUCUUCCGCCCCCUAAUUUUUUGGAUGUUUUCAACAAUGUAGGAGAAGCUGUCAUUUCAGCAACGAGGAUGCCAACUACAUGCCUUGUUUUUCCUCUCCACACCUUACAUCUUUACAUCCAACUAGGGGAUAUGAAAGAUUUUCGUGAAGGCAAAGUUUGAGGGUACCUCUGUCGGUUUCCCGCUCACCUGACCGCGUGAACCCCUCGCUGUCUAUCGCCAACAGAACAAUUGACGAGCAACUUAAAAUACUUAUUGUUCUGCCGAUGUGAGUGGGAUUUGGCAGCGUUAUUGGAGGAAUUUCAUGUGCGCAACGUUGAAGGAUAUGGCUUAAAAUAAUGGUUGCGUUACUGACAGCCGGAGUACGGUCCGUCACUUGAGUGUUUUAUCAGCUAUUGUCGACUUUGGAGGAAACCCAUCUAAAUGGGAGGAUACCUGGAAGACUGAGUCGGAUUCGGCAAUCGAGAAAAAUGUGGAUAAAACGGAGUCUUGGGCGCAGUCCGUCUGCUUUUAGGCCAGGCAGCUGUGUUGGGCACCGGGUGUGGAUCCUGCUGGCCAUGACCCACCUCACCCUGGACUUCUCUGUGUGCAGCCCCCUCAAUCAGGGUACGGGGGUCAAACUCACGCCUAAAUCGGUGCCUCGCUCUCGACCUCGCUGGCAGCCGCUCUGGGACACGCCCAACAAGCUCCACUGGAGAACAGUGAGCCCGUUGGCCCGCCGCCUCCUCAACCCUAUCCCUCCGCCUCAAGACAACAGGGCAGGGAUAGGGCCAAAAGUCAAGAGUCAAAAGCAUAGGAAGCCAGCACAUAAAGGACAAGCUGGAUGUAAGGAGUGCCGGUUGAGAAACUCUCACAUGGAGAGUGGUGAUCCUUUGGCUGUAAUAGCGGAAGCUCCAGCAGCUUUAUCCAGCGGCAGUAGAGGAGACGCAGUGAGGUUGUUACUUCGAGCCAGGAGGCAGCUCAAAUGGGACAAUGAUAAGUCUCAGGAGGGCCGGACUACCACAGUGGCCGGAUUUAUCGACUGGGGACCCACGGGGACAGAUAGCAUAGAUGACGUCGGUAAACCCAACGUAACGCUGUCCACCAAGGUCUCAACCUCCACAGUGGCCACGACCACUAGCAGUACAACCAGUCUCACUCAAAGGACGUUCACUGUGGUGACCACACCAGAGGCCAAUAGGAUAAGCACCACCAAGGCCACAGGAGGCUUCGUGGAGACGGUCAAACCUUCAAAGCCAAAUGGGGACACAUCAGGUUUGGCAGUUCACCAGAUAAUCACAAUCACUGUGUCUCUCAUUAUGGUUAUCGCAGCCUUGAUCACAACACUCGUCCUUAAAAACUGCUGUGCGCAGUCGGGAAAUGGCCGCCACAAUAGCCAUCAGCGCAAGAUCCACCAGCAGGAAGAGAGCUGCCAAAACCUGACAGACUUCACCCCGGCCCGGGUGCCAAGCAAGGUGGACAUAUUCACUGCCUACAAUGACAGUCUGCAGUGCUCACAUGAGUGCGUCCGGACUGCCGUGCCAAUCUACACUGAUGAGAUGAUCCAGCAGACGCCUGUCUACAAGACUGCUUACAAUGGAAACAGGCCCUCCCCCACUGAAAGACAACUAAUUCCUGUGGCCUUCGUGUCAGAGAAAUGGUUUGAGAUCUCUUGUUGACAAGCUGAAGGCCUUCUUCACUUCCUGUGGGUGGAAGACACUUCCUGAAUUCACGCUCUGGAUCCAGUUGGAAACACACAAAACAGCUUCUUUUGUAAAAUAGUGCGAACACUCUUUGGACACUGGUGAAGAUAUUUAUUUUUCUAGAGAUGACAAGCAGAGCAGCAACAACGCUGCCACUCAAUAUUUCCAGGAACGUACAGUCAUUUAGAUAUAGAUUAUAUAUAGGUAUAUUUACAGGAUGUGUGGGACUUUUGGACGUCACAGAUGUCUCAAGGAAAACAUUUGACAUUUGAAAAAAAAACAAGGAGCUUCUGUGGGUGGAAGGUGAACUGUAAUUCUGAACAAUGUGCCAAUAAUGCCACUAUGUGCCACAACCUGGAUAGAAGGAAGUUUCAACAACUGAUGGACUAAACAAAGAGCGCUAUAUUAACCCUGUAUCGACUCCAACUACUUUUGUUUGUGUUUUGUUUUUUAAAGAAAUGUGAAAGAUUAAAAAACGCUACAAAUGUAUUUGAAUAUGUUUUGAAAUAGUUUUAAGAUAUGUGUUGAAAAAGAGUCUAAAAAGAUAUUUAUAUGAAGCACUAUUCUAUUAGUUUGGGAAGAGAGGGGGGGGGGGGGGAAAGAAACGGUAUAUGCUUUAGCGAACAGUUAAUUUUAAAACAUGGUUUAUAUAGGUCCCAUUUUAAAAACAGAAUAGUUAUGUCUAUUUUUUUACACAGUAGAUUCUAACGGUGACGGUCCCUAGCACCUGGGAUUCAGCGCUGUUAAUUAAAUACCCGAACAGAGAUUAGAAGAAAGAAAAAGCAUAUGAAUACACCUCAUGCAAUCCAACCCAACACCCGCUCCAAUCGCUUAUUAUGUAAGAUUUUUACCUGAUUUGGCUUAAUGGAAAAACAGACAAAAGGGUUCUGUAGUAAAGGAACAAAUCCCAUAGCAGCAAAUUCAUGAAUAGCUAAAGUAAGUACAGCCACAACAGACUGCAUAGAGCUGGGCAGGACAUUCAUACUGCCUCAGGUCUGUCUAGCUCUCUUGCAUACUUUAUGUUGGUCUCAGUUUCAGCAGCUGUUCGGAUACAUUCUAAUGAACCGUUAUGAUUUAAAAGGGUGGAAGAGAUUAAAUUCAAGCCUGUAAAUUCAUGUGAUAAUUUGCAUUAAAGGGACAGAGAUUGAAAAAUUAAUCUUUCCACAGAGACUAAAUGAUUAUUCCCACGCAACCACCAAGAUUAACUUUUGAUACAUUAUUUUAUGAAGCCUAAAAAAGUCUGUAUUAAAGUCAGAAAGUCAAGAUGAACAUGAACCAAUUUGUAGUUGAUGGAACAUAAAAUGAUCCUCCAGUUUUCAAAUGAGAGUGUCGAUCAGGAUCAAAUGAUCUACGACGUCGAUUUUAAACCCUAGCAAGGGAGGAAUUCCCUCGCCCAAAUGUGAGGUAGGGGUCAGUUACAUUUCUCCAAUCAGCACUUGAGGACAAUAUUUCUAGCAAAUCAGAAUUUGCUAUUACAGCCAAGAAGUCGUGGGUUGUGCACACACAAUACGAAUAAGUAGUACAUUUUGUCCUCUCAAUCCCAAAACACUCUGUCAGUGUAUUACUGAAGUAAGGGGAUUAUGACAAGCCAAUCAGCUGCCGCCAAAUUGCUUUAAACUAUUUCCUAUGUCAAGGUUAGGGGAACCCUUGGUCAGGAAAGACAGUAAAUCGCUCUUGAGAGCUUUCCACCCCCAAUAAUUGUAUUAUCAACCUCCAGCUCUGACAGACCGAUUACCUUUGUGCUCCAAAAGCUCUUGAGGAAACCACCUUUGAAUCUACCUUUCAUUGUGCUGUGGGUUUGUACAAAGCACAAAUACAAUUCUGAAAUUGUAAACGUUUCUUGGCUGCAGACAGCAAUAUGUACUGAUUAAAGCGGUGGGUUUUAUUUCAGCGACGACAGCGGAUCUCCCGUAAUAUACGCUUCGGUUGUUUCAAGGCUCACCUCCUUAAAGAAUUCAAGGUUUUCCCGGAAGGAUCAGUAUCUGUAAAUGUGAGCCAUUCAGGAUGUGCCAUCACGGCCUGGGAUAAACACUGUGGUGCAAAACUCACGAUUUUUGCCCAUUCACAACAUGAUAACCACUCUCAUGAAUGACCCAUACCAAGUCAGCCUCACAUGUGUGUGUGUGUCAGGCUGCGGAGUUGCUUCUUUGACAUAACAUAUAUUUUUUUGAAUGAAGAGUGCUAUCUUACUAGUCAGAGGGUUACGAAAACUUACUGUAUAUUAUACACGUGUAAAUGUAUUUUCUAUAUAUUUGCUUCUAUUUGUGUACAGGUGUGUUCUAUUUUUCAGGACCUCUCCCGUUUCUGGGAAGGUUUUCAGCUAGGUCGGGGAUAGUGUCUUUGUUUACAUGUGUAACUACAGUAUUUCUUUUAAAAACACAAAACUAACAUUGUGCCAAGCUUCCUACCUGCACUUUCAAGCAGUACUUGUAUUAUAUCUUUAGCUAACCAGUAUAAUACUUCAGUAGACGCUGCAAUAGUUCAGAGGCUGGGGAGUGAUUUCCAGGAGGAAUGUCUGAAAGUACUGAAGGAUUCGAAGAGGUGUGAUCAUAUCUUGGGUUCUGCUGCAUUCAUGGUUGGCUGGGAAACCAAUGACUUUCUGUUCUUAUCAUUUCUACAUGGAUUCUAAUAUUGAGUGUUUCAUCACAUAAAUACAAAAAAAAAACAGUGUUAAUCCAACAGUAGCUGCCAAGAAACCGACUAAACUUGAUGUUACGUUCAUUUGUCAUAUUUUAUAUUUGUAUAUACAUAUUGAUACAAUUGCCCCAUUAAAUGUAGGAUUUGCCACAUACUUGUCGUGACUGCAAAAACUAUAUAGCAUUUUUGAGUUCAUGAAAUGAUCAGGGAAAGAUGUUUAACGAAAGAAUUGUGGGGGAAAAAAAUGACCUUGUUAAAAAUGCAUACAUGAGUUACGCACAAUUUUCGUAUUUCAACAUUUUAAAGUAUAGGCCUAAUUUGGGUUUAUUUCGACUUGGGUCUUACUGUCAGCCUUGACAUACACUGGCCUUGUCAGUCAACCCUCUGGUGCCAAUGGAAACAUGUAUUUGAUAGACUGCAAUGUUAGCAUCAAUUAGCUCAAAACACUGUGUGCUCACAGAUCUGCUAGUAUAGCUGUCCAUUCUCAGGAAUAGUAGCCAAAGAAACACCAGUCCAACAGUUAUGGUAACUAGGAACACGUCAUCUUUGCUAAAAUGAAGUCCAAAGGGAUAAAGAUGCGUUAAACUGUAUGCGUACCAAGUCGAGCUGAGACUGGCGCCAGGACACCAAACUGCAGUCAAACGAAUGGUCACUUUCAGACAAUUUCAAAAGACCCCUAUUUGUUUUACCUGACUUUGGAGCAGAUAUUAAAAUCUGGUGCAAAACAUGGUUUUGGUCUUUAUAGCAAACUUCCCUACUCAUGACAACAUCAAUUUACCUACUGUAAUGGUGACCCGAAAGGAAGUAAGAGAACAAGACCCAAGUUUUUAUAGACACAAAUUAUGCUUUAAUUAAGCUUACAAAAUGAAGAUUGCGAUCUCUUUCAUCAAAAAUGGUACUUGUGAUUACCAAGUUUGUGUCAAUUUGUUCAAUCAAUGUGACAUUGAAAAUGGUCGAAAUGUUAUACCAAGUCGAUGAUGAUUGUGUGAGACUGCUCUCUCAUUCUUACCACUUACUAAAUCUGAUUCAACUGAGAACAUUUUGACGUUCAUUCCUGUGUGUCAUACUGUGUGGUAAAACAUUAGCAGGUUUUACUUCAGUAAGCCUUGAAAAGCAUGUUUGCAUUGGUAGCAACACUCAUGAAAACCACAGGGAGCUGCCGGCUAAAAACAAUUCACUUUGCAUUCCUGAAGAGCUUCUGGACAAGGAAAGAUAGAACUUAAAGCUAUGAAACACAUUUUAAAACAGGCUAUCAGUAGACAUAGGCAUACAUCCCCCUUCCUGCUGUUUACCUCUGUCUGAAAUCAAACUGAUACGUAAGGAAAUGCCUUACUGCUUUCUUGCCUUUUCAGUUUAUAUUCCAGGAUAGCCGAUGAUAGCGAUUUAUUAUAGCUAAGAGGGAGGAAAAUGAUUCCACUCGGCUGCUCAGAUUUGAUUCAGGAAACAGAGCAGUGCAGGCAAAAGACAGGGGGAAGGGUGCUUGUAAAAAAAAAAAGAGUCUUAAACAGACACCAAAGACUAGACAUGCCUUUUUCACAACGAAUGAAUAUUUUGCAACUCCCGUUUCUGUCUCUUCAGCAGCCCGUGAAACUUAUGCUCCCAUCAUCACAAACAAGCUAUCAAUCAGCCAGGGUUUUCCUGUCAAGAUGAAGGAUGUGCCGCGCACUCAUUUGCAAGGACUGUGAUUCCUGUUUGCAUGUCAGAGAUACAGAGAGGAACCUAUUGACAUAUGGUUCUGAAUUAGAUAUUGGCUGAACAUCUCCAAGGCCGAGGUUUUGUUUAUUUUCCAUAUCAUUGGAAGCGUUCGCAAGAGGAGAGUAAUCAAUGUAUGGAUUACUCAGUUUGCCCUGGGGUGUCUCAUUAUGGUACACACAUGUCUGCAUUAAUGUUAAAUGUUGGUGAAUUUCAUUUCAAACAGAAGUCGAUAGGUUGCUCAAACAGCAGGGAGAAAGAUAAAUACAUGUCUGACAACGAAAAAAGGAAAAAGUGUAUCUUUACAGUCCUAGAAGCGUAUACUACUAAAUCCACUCCGCUUCUCCUUAUUGUGUCAGAAAAAUCACAUACUGUGCGCUUACUGUAAAGCGGAGGGCUCCGACUCUCCUUUGGGCCAUGUUGUUACUUUUCUAUUCAAUAAAAGCUAAGGCGCUGUCAGUGCAUAUCAAUCAAUAAAACAAUUCUCACUUUGGUUGCAACAUCUCAAUUUUCCCAUAAUCCCCCUGUUCAAUGGAGUCUAGCUGUGUGACCCAAAUCUGACACAUUUGACAUUGUACAAUGUCUUCAGAACAGAGAGUUAGCCUGGAAUGAGUGACACGGCAAGGAAAUAUAGAUGCAUUGCUCCAUGAGAGUUGAUAAAAAAAAAAAAAACACUCAUACAAACAGUUUAAAUGUUCAGGGCUGAGGAAGUUGUACAGGUUUUUUGUUUCCUUUUUUAGGGAAUGGGGGAGGUCUUUUGACAUGUGGGCACACAAGUGGUCUGUUCAUCGAAGCCGACUUACAAUCACAAUCCAUCCCCACCAUGAAGAAGCUGACUCGAGUUGUGUUGUCGCCAUAAAAAUGAAGAGUUUGUACUUUGUGACUCUUACAUUUUUUAUAUUUGUGUUUAAUAUAUCAAUGAGUACCUCUGUUAACUUUUGUAUAAGACCUAUAGUAUAUACACACACAGGCACACACAACACACCUCCACAAAAGGGACUCCAGUCUGUCUCUGUGACGGCUAAAUGUUGUGUACAUUUUAUUUCGUGUCCUAUGAACCACAUCUCUUCCUUUUGUAGUUAUUGGUAAACGUUUCGAUUUCCAGGUGACUUUGAUUUGGUUACUCUUGUACUACUAAGCUCUGUAUUUGCAAGCACUGUAAAUGCGAUUCUCAUUGGAUUCGUCCUCUGUACAUUUAGUACUCUGAUGUUGCUAUUAAUAAAAUGUAAAACAACACA